AUGAGUGUAACACGUAUUUAUAAUUAUUAUAAACAAAAUAAUAUAAAAACAGUUAUUAUGGGUGCUUCUUUUCGAAAUAUAAAACAAAUUCUUGGUUUAGCUGGUUGUGAUUUAUUAACAAUAAGUCCAAAAUUACUUGAUCAAUUAGCAUUAGAACAUACGAAAGAUAAUGAAAAAAUUCAAAUUUAUUUAAAUAAAGAACAAAUAAAACAGAAACGUGAAAAAAAACAUGAAAAACUUGAUGAAAAAAUAUUUCGUUGGAUGUUAAAUGAAGAUGAAAUGGCUAAUGAUAAAUUAUCUGAUGGAAUACGAAAAUUUGCUGCUGAUGCUCAAAAACUUGAAGAUCUUAUUCGAGUUCGUCUUCAAAAUAAUAAAUAA